AUGUCUGCGCCGACGUCAUCUAAUAGCGCUGACUCAAAUGGUAGCAUGAAUGGUGGGGAGACGGUCACAGCGACGACAUCAGCAACAACGACUACUACCACACCUCCCGACACUUUUCCGCCCAAAACCGACAAACCUAAACCUCAUGGUUGCACUACGUGUGGAAGACAUUUUGCACGUCUGGAACAUUUGAAACGGCACGAAAGAUCACACACCAAAGAAAAGCCAUUCGAAUGCUCCGAGUGCAAGAGAUGCUUUGCGCGGCGGGAUCUUUUGUUAAGACACCAGCAGAAGCUCCACUCCAAUUUAACCCCUUCUGCGAAACCAAGAAAUCGUCGAAACAGUAGUAUGAGUAAUGCAUCCGUAGCUGUUGGACCGAACCCAAACAGGGAAUCAGAACCAUACAAAUCAUCCAAAUCAUGGUCAUAG